AUGGAGAAACCUCCACCUGCAGCCAUGGCCAGCACAAGCGCAUCCGAACUGCUGCUGACAUCUGUCAUUGUCAUCUAUUUUGUGGUGGUGAUGGCUGUCGGGCUGUGGGCAAUGCUGAAGACCAACCGGGGCACAAUUGGAGGCUUCUUCCUGGCUAGUCGAGAGAUGACCUGGGUGCCGAUGGGCGCCUCUCUCUUCGCCAGUAACAUCGGCAGUGGCCACUUCGUAGGGCUGGCGGGGACGGGAGCGGCCUCGGGAAUCGCCAUUGCAGCAUUUGAGUGGAAUGCCUUGCUGCUCUUGCUGGUUCUAGGGUGGUUCUUUGUCCCCAUAUACAUCAAGGCCGGGGUGAUGACCAUGCCGGAAUAUCUGAGGAAGCGAUUUGGGGGGCAGCGAAUCCAGAUCUACCUCUCCAUCCUCUCCCUGUUCAUCUCUGUGGCUUUGAGAAUCUCAUCGGACGUAUUUUCUGGAGCCAUAUUCAUCAAGCUGGCCUUGGGACUGGACCUUUAUCUGGCGAUCUUCAUCCUCUUGGCUAUCACUGCCAUUUACACAAUCACUGAUAAUUCCGAGGAAACUCGUGGAUGUCUCAGAAAGGCUUACGACUUGUUCUGCGGUUUGCAGAGAAAAGGCCCCAAGCUGAGCAAAGAGGAGGAAGAAGCCCAGAGGAGGAAGCUGACAGACACAUCGGAGAAGGCAUUGUGGAGGACCGUGGUGAAUGUCAACGCCAUCCUCCUCUUGACGGUGGCAGUCUUUCUCCAUGGCUAUUUUGCCUGA